UCUAGGCACCUAUCAGCCCCAGCCGACAUGACGCCAGCCAUCUUUCCCUUUAACAACAUCCACCUGACUACCUUUACAUACCUCCCCCAUCAUCCCCAGAUUGUACCAUCACCAACCCAUACUAUCUAUUCACAAUGAAGGUCGCCAAAGCUUCACUUCUCGCUGUGCUGGCCCACUCGGUCACUGCUCGUUUUGUUGCCGAGGAGGAGAUCAACCGUGUCCAGCUGUAUCCCGCUGGCUCCGAGCCCGAGAAGUACCUGAUCGAACUUGCCCCAGGCAACACUCGCUGGGUCACUGAGGAGGAGAAGUGGGAGCUUCGCAGGAACGGAAACCGCUUCUUCGAUAUUACCGACCACAAGGAGUUCGGCGCAAACCGCCUCCACACCAAGACCAAGAGCGUCUUUCCCGAGAAGUGUCGCCUUCAGGACAAGGUCAAGCCUCUCAUCAAGGAUCUCGACAAGAAGGAGAUCCAGACCAACCUGGAGAAGUUCACGAGCUUCCACACCCGUUACUUCAAGUCAGACUACGGCCGCCAGUCCUCCGAAUGGCUUCUGGCUAAGCUGAACACCAUCAUCGAGGACGCCGGCGCCGGCAAGCACGUUUACGCCGAGGCCUUCCCCCAUACCUGGCAACAGAGUUCCAUCAUUGUUACCAUCCCGGGCAAGUCUAACAGCACCGUCGUCAUCGGCGCGCACCAGGAUUCCAUCAACCUGUGGCUGCCUUCCAUUCUCGCUGCGCCCGGUGCCGAUGACGAUGGCAGUGGCUCCAUGACCAUCCUCGAGGCUUUCCGCACUCUCCUUAAGUCCAAGGAUGUCAUCUCCGGAAAGGCCGACAACACCAUCGAGUUCCACUGGUAUAGCGCCGAGGAGGGCGGUCUUCUUGGUUCCCAGGCCAUCUUCUCGUCCUACGAGCAAGACGGACGUGACAUCAAGGCCAUGCUCCAGCAGGACAUGACUGGAUUUGUUCAGGGUACGCUUGAUGCUGGAAAGCCCGAGAGCGUUGGCGUUAUUACCGACUUUGUUGAUCCCGGCUUGACUGGUUUCAUCAAGAAGGUCAUCGUCGAGUACUGCAAGGUUCCCUACGUCGAGACGAAGUGUGGAUACGCCUGCUCCGACCAUGCAUCUGCAAGCAAGGCUGGCUACCCCUCCGCCUUCGUGAUCGAGUCCGCCUUUGAGGACUCUGACAAGCACAUCCACAGCACCGAUGACAACAUCAAGUACUUGUCGUUUGAUCACAUGCUUGAGCACGCCAAGAUGACCCUUGGCCUCGUGUACGAGCUCGGCUUCACCGACUUCGCCGCUCUGGAGAAGCAGGGUCAGGUUUCCGAGGAGUUGUAAUCGGCUGGAUGCAUGACGCAAACGCACGAUAUUAGUCACGAUGCCCUACGUAUUUCGAAUAGAUGAUGCUUUCACGCAAUGAAAUGACGUCUCAUCAUGCUCGCGCUUGAAGUGGCUUAUGUGAUCAAAUCGCCCAUUCGCUCUCUCCUCUGCGGUUCGGACUUUCGGUCAGCUUAUCAAUGAGCACGUGUAGUUAUUCUGCGCUACCAAAAGGACGGCCUCGUUAUCAAUGGCGCAAUGGUGUUCACCUGAAGGAGGCACCCACAGGCGAGUGGAGAAAUGCAAAUGUUUUAAUGUGUCAACAGCCAGAAACUAACAGGCUCAAAUGAAUUUAUUUCUCAUGAAUCACGGUUUUUAUUCGUUUUGCCAUUGGACUAA